GCCGCCGCCGCCGGGGCUGCUGCUCCGGCUGCUGCAGGAGGCGGCGCUGGCUGGCGGCUGCGCUCGCUCCAGUCGGCGAGUGGAGGAGCGAGCGAGCGUGUGUGUGUUUUUUAAAGAUGGCCGGAGCGGCGGCGGCGGUGGCCGCGGGAGCAGCAGCUGGAGCCGCCGCGGCAGCGGGGUCGGUGUCGGCUCCGGGUCGGGCCUCGGCGCCCCCUCCGCCUCCGCCCGUGUACUGUGUGUGCCGGCAGCCGUACGACGUGAACCGCUUCAUGAUCGAGUGCGAUGUCUGCAAGGACUGGUUCCACGGCAGCUGUGUUGGUGUAGAAGAACAUCAUGCUGUUGACAUUGACUUAUAUCACUGUCCCAACUGUGCACUUCUGCAUGGUUCUUCCUUGAUGAAAAAGAGGAGGAACUGGCACAGGCAUGACUACACAGAAGUGGAUGAUGGCUCCAAACCUGUGCAAGCUGGAACUAGGGCCUUUGUUAAAGAACUACGUUCUAGAGUCUUCCCAAGUGCCGAUGAAAUCAUUGUAAAGAUGCAUGGCAGUCAGCUGACACAAAGAUACCUGGAGAAACAUGGAUUUGAUUUUCCUAUUAUGGUCCCUAGAUUAGAGGACCUUGGACUCAGGCUCCCUUCACCUGAUUUUUCAGUGAUGGAUGUGGAACGUUAUGUAGGUGGUGACAAAGUAAUAGAUGUCAUUGAUGUGGCAAGGCAGGCAGACAGCAAAAUGACACUUCACAACUAUGUUCAAUACUUCAUGAAUCCUAACAGACCAAAAGUGUUAAAUGUGAUCAGCCUUGAAUUUUCAGAUACAAAGAUGUCUGAAUUGGUGGAGGUCCCUGAUAUAGCCAGAAAACUUUCCUGGGUGGAAAAUUACUGGCCAGAUGAUUCAGUCUUCCCUAAGCCCUUUGUCCAGAAAUACUGCUUAAUGGGAGUUCAAGAUAGCUAUACAGAUUUCCACAUUGACUUUGGUGGGACUUCUGUCUGGUACCAUGUCCUCUGGGGUGAGAAGAUUUUUUAUUUGAUAAAGCCAACUAAUGAAAAUUUGGCACUCUACGAAUCGUGGAGCUCAUCUGUGACCCAGAGUGAGGUGUUCUUUGGAGAUAAAGUAGAUAAAUGCUACAAAUGUGUGGUAAAGCAGGGACAUACCUUAUUUGUUCCUACAGGGUGGAUUCAUGCUGUGCUCACUUCUCAGGACUGUAUGGCUUUUGGGGGUAACUUUCUACACAAUCUCAACAUUGGCAUGCAGCUCAGGUGUUAUGAGAUGGAGAAAAGACUAAAAACACCAGAUCUUUUCAAAUUCCCUUUCUUUGAAGCCAUAUGCUGGUUUGUAGCCAAAAGUUUGCUGGAAACCCUGAAAGAACUGAAAGAAGAUGGGUUCCAGCCUCAAACCUACUUAGUACAGGGAGUGAAAGCACUGCAUACUGCUUUAAAAGUAUGGAUGAAAAAAGAACUUGUAUCUGAACAUGCCUUUGAAAUUCCAGACAAUGUUAGACCUGGACAUCUUAUUAAGGAACUUUCUAAAGUAAUUCGAGCAAUAGAGGAAGAAAAUGGCAAACCAAUUAAAUCUCAGGGAAUUCCUACUGUGUGUCCAGUUUCACGGCCUUCAAAUGAAGCAUCUUCACCAUAUCAUUCCCGGCGAAAGAUGAGGAAACUUCGAGAUCAUCAUGUCAGAACUCCUUCUAACCUAGAUAUCCUUGAGCUCCAUACAAGGGAAGUCCUCAGAAGAUUAGAGAUGUGUCCGUGGGAGGAGGACAUACUGAAUGGAAAAUUCAACAAACAUCUCCAGCCAUCUUCUACAGUACCUGAAUGGAGAGCAAAAGAGAAUGAUCUACGAUUACUGCUUACAAAUGGAAGAAUAAUUAAAGAUGAGAGACAGCUGUUUGCAGAUCGGAGUCUUUAUACAGCAGAUAGUGAAAAUGAAGAAGACAAGAGACCAACAAAGAAGGCAAACAUAAAGACAGAGAGCUCAGGAAGAGAGGGGGCAGAAAGUGAAGGAUCUCCAAAACCACUAAACAGAAUUUUUACAAGUGUGAAAUCAGAACUCAGGAAUAGAACAUCAGAAUAUUCUGAUGUUUCUGAUUCAGAAGACUCUGGACCUGAUUGUACUGCACUGAAAAUUAAUUUUGCCACUGAAGAUUCUGAAAGUUCAGGUGAUGAAAAGAAACAUGAAAUAACAUCAAACUUUAAGGAGGAAUCCAAUAUAGUGAGGAACCUCCUUCAAAAGGGCCAGAAGCCAUCCAGAAAUGAAAUUCCAUUUAAAAGGGAAUGUCCUACCUCGACGAGCACAGAGGAAGAAGCUAUUCAGGGCAUGCUGUCUAUGGCAGGGUUGCACUACUCCACGUGUCUACAGAGGCAGAUACAAAGCACAGACUGCAGCGUUGAAAAGAACUCUCUCCAGGAUCCCAGCAGCUGCCACAGCAGUAACCCUGAGCUUAGGCAGCUGUAUCGCUGUGAUAAACCGGUAGAAUUUGGCUACCAUGACAAGACUGCAGAUCAAGAUCUGAGGACUUCUUCCUGGGCGAAACAGUUUGACAGGACUUCCAGAUUUAAUCCUCAGGACUUAAGUAGAAGCCAGAAAUACAUCAAAAAGGAAAUCUCUUCAGAAAUCAGUCAGAAGGCACAAAGCAGGCAUUGUGUGGACAGCAGUAACUCAAGCAUUCAAAAUGGAAAGUACAUGCUGAAUCCCAGCUUGGUUUCAGGGCCAUGCCAAAUAGCUAAUGGCAGUCUAAGUCCAGAAAGGCCUAUUGGUGAAACUUCUUUUUCAGUGCCCCUUCACCCCACCAAGAGACCUGCAUCAAACCCACCACCUAUCAGCAACCAGGCAACAAAAGGUAAACGUCCAAAAAAAGGAAUGGCAACAGCCAAACAACGUCUUGGGAAAAUCCUUAAAUUGAACAGAAAUGGCCAUGCACGUUUCUUUGUGUGACAAAGCUGCUCUUGCAGUCACUCUUCCUUCUGGAGGCCAGUCUUGGGAUGUGGAAGCCUGGCGUUUCCACCGUCCACCAUCCCCUGCCUGGAGCAGCUUGUGUGUACAGUAAGAAUACUGCCUGAAGAACAGAAUGGACCUGAUGCUGCAUCUUCACUGUGCCACACCCACUCAGCAAUAACCCUUUGGACCUGGUCGGGAGAGGAAGAAGGAGGGUAGAACCUUAAAAAGAGGCCUUGAACUGGAAAGGGGUCUCUUGUCAGGGCUUGAAUUUAAGUUUGUUGUUGUUAGUGUCUUGAUUUAUUUUCAGUAGUAGGAUAAAGAAUUAUCAAUAAUUUAUUUAACAGAUUUUUUUUUAAAGUUAACAGCUUUUAAAUUCUUUCUUUUUUAAAGCUAUUUAUUUGGAAGAUUUCUGGAGAAAUAUCUCACUAAUUUAGAUUUAAGAAUGUGAAGGUUUUUAAAUUAUUUUUGAUAGUGUGUGUGUUACGUGUGGGAAGAGCCACAGUAACAGUAGCUAGUCUGGACUCUUAAAUUUGAUAUUCAGGUUAAAGUCUUAAACAGGGAUUUGAUGCAUUAAUUAUUUUAAAUUAAGAUGUAUAUGAAAUCA